AUGCUGAGCACUAUUGCCAAGCGCAUCAAUGUUGCGAUCACUGCAUCGACGACUACAGCCGAGGCGGCUGAGAUGCAGAGAGAUCCAUGGUCAAAGUCAGCAAAAUAUGGAGUCGGAUUUGUCUAUUUCGCCGUCGUGCUACUGAUAAUCACAACUUUCGUCCGAUGCUGGCAUAAAUGGGGCGACAAGAUGCGGAUUGCCCUCUAUAAAGAAAACCGACCAGAGAUCUUCCGCGACGACUCGGUACCGGACGAGUACGAGCUCCCGAGUGCAGGCACUGAUGCUUCCAACGCCCAAUUCUUUCCAUCACCGACCGUAGUCUGUCCACCUAAGAGGCACGAAUCUAUUCUUGCUAGAAUAGUUCCCUUGAACAAGGCAAUUGCUUUGACGCGAUGGAUCUUCUACCGACCAGUUCCCGUCCUGAGGGUUGGGAACAUAGAGCUUGUUUUGCCGUCUUUGGCGGUUACAGCGAUUGUCUUGGUUGCAUUUGUCUUCGUUGCUUUAUACUGUUUCGUGCCACAGCCCUUAUACUAUUGGUCAAUUGCGCUGGGGUCGCCACCGCUCGCUAUCCGGGCAGGCAUGCUUGCAGUAGCCAUGAUCCCCUGGAUUGUUGCGCUCAGCACCAAGGCAAACUUUAUCACUAUGAUGACUGGCCUAGGUCCUGAGAGGUUGAAUGGACUGCACCGCUGGUCAGCCUAUGUCUGCCUCUUCCUCAGUCUGGUUCACAUGGUCCCGUUUUACAUCACUCCAAUCUGGGAAGAUGGUGCUUUGGUCAACUAUAGCAUAGGUAUCCCACCACACGCCUAUGUAUAUGGGACUGGAAUUGCGGCGCUGGUUCCUCUGCUUGUAUUGUGUAUCCAUUCUCUUCCAGUCUUUCGCAAUUGGAUGUAUGAGCUUUUUGUCUUUGUCCAUAUCCCAGUCUCGUACAUCUUUGUGGCGAUGCUUUUCUGGCACACGCGGAACUACCUGUCAUCGUGGGCCUACCUUUUCACAACCCUUGCCAUUUGGGUCAUCUCAUAUAUCGUCCGGCUGUUCUACUUGAACUGGACACACCCUUUGCGUUCGUCAUUUUUGAUCGGAGAAGAGGCAGCCAUAACCCUUCUUCCGCAAAAUGCUAUAAAGAUCACCAUUCCCACAAAGAUGCGUUGGAGACCUGGUCAGUAUGUCUACCUGCGACUACCGAGGAUUUCCGUGAUCCAGAGCCACCCUUUCACGAUUGCCUCUCUUUGCAGCGACGACUUCCCAUCUGCGUAUGGUGAAAAGUAUCGUGACAUGAUACUGGUUUUCCGGCCAUUCCAAGGUUUCACACGCGAGGUAUUCCAGAAAGCCUUGGAACAUGGCCCCUACAAAAUAUACAGCGCGUUUGUGGAAGGGCCAUACGGUGGUAUGCAGCGCGAGAUGGCUGCUUUCGACGACGUGGUUUUCUUUGCCGGAGGAAGUGGCAUUACUGCCAUUGCAAGCCAACUUCUGGACCUCAUCAAGAAGAUUCGAGAUGGCAAGGCUAUCACCAAGUCGGUCAAAGUUAUUUGGGCGCUCAAGAACCCCGAGAUGAUGGAGUGGUUUCAGGAGGAACUACGAAUCUGCCGUGACUACGCACCUUCUAACAUUGUGAGCUGUCAUUUCUUCCUCACCGGAGUGAAGCAAGACGCCCAAAUUGGACGGGACAUGGUACAGGAGAAGAUUUACGGUAUGCUUCAGGGUAUUGAUAAGCGGAACUCCGCUUAUAUACGCGAUGAAGCUGCCGGCAACCCUGAUAUAGAAAAGGAAUUGCGCCGUGAGAAUGAAGACGGUGUCGCUGCUCUUCCCAAUGCGUACAUGGCAACCCAUGUGCCCAAUACCCGUCAAUUCUACCAGCCUCCCAUGAACCUUCACAACCCCGCAGCAACAAAUAGUUAUGGCACCUCAAAUUUCGACUUCCGACUCGGCGCACCUCAACCUGUGCCGCCACCAGUACAUGCACCACGGUUUGCUUAUUAUCACGCACGUGGACGUGAUAACUGGCGGACUGAUUACUUCCGCCCAAACAUCACUCAGAUGGUCAAUGAGUUUUCCAAAACCUUCGGCCGCCGUGCGUGUGUUUUCGUCUGCGGUCCACCGAGCAUGCGAGUUGAAGUCGCCAACACGGUAGCCAAACUGCAGAUGCAGGUGAUUAUGGACUCGUCGAAAGAUGAGGUAUUUUUGCAUGCCGAGAACUAUAAUAUCUAA